AUGUGUGAUAAUUUAAGCGAGCACAUAUCUCCUAAAGCACUGAGUUUAUGUGCUGAAAAUAAUAUUUCGUUCAUUUGUUUAAUCCCUAACUCGACACAUCUUCUUCAACCCCUUGAUGUAGGCUAUUUUUCGGCAGUAAAAUCGGCAUGGAGAAAAGUUCUUAAUGAUUAUCGUCAAACCUGCAGAGACAAGAAAGUUUUGGCUCUUCCGAAGUCAUUAUUUGCCCAGUUAAUUAAAAAAACUUUACAAAAUGGAAAUGCCAAUUCAUCUGAAAGUCUACGAGCAGGAUUUAAAAGUUGUGGUUUGUAUCCAUUGUCUCCAGAUACUGUGUUAAACAAACUUCCAGCAUAUACCUCUACUGUGGACACAAGCGACACUAUUGGCGAAAGUUUUGUUAAUUAUAUAGCAAAUGUGAGGCAAUCGGAUUUAAAUACAGUAACCAAAGGAAAGAAAUUUCAAUUACCUGUAGUAGCAGGGAAGAGUGUGUCGGAUGAAGAAGUGGAAAAUUAUUAUAAAGAAAGGGAAAAAACAGCCAAAACGAAGACAGGAAAUGAAGUAGAAACCAGCCAGUCUAAAAAACGUGGCAGGCCCAAGGGAUCAAAAAACAAGAAAAAGAAAAAGCAAAGGGAUCCUGCUCCUUCUGGAGAAGUCUUGUCAACAGAAAAUGACAGUGAAAACAAUGAGGUCGUUGAUACUGUUGAGCAUGGUGAAGAAGGUGAUGGAAAUGAACUUAAGUCACAAAACAUUGGAGGACACGCAAAGUUCGUCGUUGAGGCUAUGAUACACAGACCACCUUCUCCAGAAAUAGCUGAAGAUUUAUAUAUGCUUGACAUAGGUGAUAAUCUAUCUGUGCUUCAAGAACAAGAGGUUGAGCCACCGGUCAUAACAAUCCGAGGAGAUUUUACAAUUGGAGAGUCGGAAGAACAAAUAUUAUGGGAAGAGGAUAGGAUAGAGAUAAGGAUUUGCCAAUUGUAA